CUGAUGGAGCAGGGCAGAUACCUCAGCAGCAGCAUUGUCUUGAUCGUUGAGGCCUUCUCCGAAGAAGAAAUAACAUACGUGUCGCCGUUGGACUCCGCCGGGCUGAUCUUGCAGAUGGUUGGCGAGAAAUUUGGCGAUGACAGACUUGCCACAGCCUGCAUCUGCCGUGAUCCAUAA